CACGGAAAUGCUCCGAAUACUUCCUGGGACAACGCGGCAUAAUUCAAGCGCUGUUAUAACGCUAAAUCUUUUCUUUCUUUUUUAAAGUCUAACACGAGUUCCAACGCGAAUGAGAAUUAGAAACAAUAAGCACAAAUAAAAGACUGAUAUAUAUACACAAGAGUCCACGUCACGUUGACAUUACACCAGGUAGUCGGCAGUUGAUCAACCGCGUGACACCCAGGGAAUUCUGCUCUUUCACACGCCACGCAAUGCCUUUGUCCGCCAGACUGAUCGCCGCUGUCAGGCGUUGUUCUCAUAGCACUCAGCAAACUGCCAGGUACGCAUCUACAUAUACUGACACGAUCCAGAAGUCGGUAUUUAUAUCGCAAUCCACGGAUGUGUUUGUCAAUCUGGCACUGGAGCACUGGCUGUACCUGAACUUUGACUUUUCCAAACACCAUGUAUUACUUCUUUGGAGAAACAAUCCCUGCGUAGUGUUCGGUCGUCAUCAGAAUCCCUGGCUGGAGUGCAAUGUUCAAGCGGCUGAAAAAAGAGGCAUUGUUCUGGCGCGUCGAAACAGUGGCGGCGGUACCGUUUAUCACGACAAUGGUAAUCUAAAUUUGACGUUCUUCACUCCAAAAGAGAGAUAUGAUCGCAAGUACAAUCUAAACAUCAUCACCAACGCUCUUUUCCGACAAUGGAGCUUGAAGAGCGUGAUCAACAAACGCGACGACAUUCUAGUCAAUGGAGAUUGCAAAAUAUCUGGAACAGCUGCAAAGUUGGGACGACCAAAUGCUUAUCAUCACUGUACGCUUUUGGUUAAUGUGAAUAAGGCCGAUCUGAGUUCAGUUCUUGAAAAAAAAGAGAAUGAUAUAGUCACGAAUGCAACGGCUUCUAUACGUUCUUCAAUAACGAAUUUGUGUGACAUGAACCGAGAUAUCCAAAUAGAUAAACUUUUAUCGGCUAUUGGCUGGGAAUAUCUACGUACAAAAGCUCUCACUCUUGAAGAUGGUAGAUACAAUCAAGUUGAAAAACAGAAAGGGUUCAAGUUUAUCAAUCCUACUGAAGAUUGGUUUCCUGGAAUUGAUAAAUUCACUAACGAGUUCCGUUCUUGGGAUUGGAAUUUUGGGAAAACGCCGAAAUUUACAGUUUCUCGUACGCUGGAUGUCCCUGCUCACGAUGGUAAAACAUAUCGUUUGAAUUUAACUUUGGAAAUACAGAGUGGUAUUGUACAAGAAAUCAAAAUGAGCUUGCCAGCUGGAUUAGUAUCGACCAACUUCGAGCAAGAUGCGAGUGUGAUUAGUAAUCUUCGCGGCACGAGAUACGACCAUGAAGUAACAGAAAAUAUAAUCGCUGCAAUUGGUGGUAAAACCGUCGUAUUGAACACGACUCAAAGCGUAGAUGAAAGCAAUAUAAGGAGGCUUGAUGAAGCUACGCUACAAUGACCGAAUAUCUCCGGCCAUCACAAAUCUGCCGAAAGCUUUAUUGUGUUUCAAAUAAUUAUUAUUAUUACAACUAAAUACGUUAUUUGUAUAUAUAUUAUAUAUACUAUAUAUACAUAUGUAUGUUGUAUUACAUGUAUAUAGUAUUUUAUACGUAUGCGUGAUAUGAUGUGUGAGAAAAAUGUUAAAAAAUAUUUGUUACUCAAUGGUUUACUAUCGAUCACUGUCGAUGCACUGCUCUAUUCAUUUCAUAAAAAUAUUAAUAGAAAGCAUGACUACAAGCUAUUUAUGUGCUUUCACAUCAUGUUACGUACUAACAUACAGAAAAUUUUAGACUAUUAAUAUCUGUUUUUAUACAAUAUUAUAUUUAUAAAUUAGAUCUUUACACUAAACAAAAUAUAAUAAAAUACAUUUUAACAUUUACAUAUGUUAAAAAAUGACAUCGAUAUCAUGCUACAUAUCGAUUUCAAAGUAGCAGAAUUGAUUUGUAAAAUAAUUAUUGGUUCUGUUAUAAUAAACAUUUUAUUUUUUA